AUGGAGCAUAUUUUAUGGCAUUGUGAAUUCAGUGAAACUGUGUGGCAUUGGCUGAGUGGUAUCUUUCAUUGUCCCAGUCCCAUAAAUUUUGAUGAAAUUUUGUCUUUUGCAAAAAGGAAAAGUCCUGCAAUCAAGGAGGUAUGGUAUAUAUGUGCUUUCAAUGUCAUGGUUGAGUUGUGGUUUACAAGAAACUCAGUUAUUUAUGAAGAUGCAACUCCAUCAGUGGACAAGCUUAAAAUGAGAAUUACAAGAUGUGCAAAGGAAUGCAGUUUUAGAAUGAAAGGAAAAAGAUGGGGGACAAUGUAUGAUUUGCAUAUACUGUUAUUCUUUGGAAUUUCAGGAAUUCAAGUCCAUGAUACCAGUGUAAAAAAAGUAUUCUUUAAAUACCGUGCUCAGAAUCAAAUUUUAAUAUACUGUGAUGGUGCCUCCAAAGGGAAUCCAAGUCUAGCAGGAAUUGGAUUUAUUGCAAGAAAUCAAUAUGGAGAUUACAUGGGAGCAGCUUCAGGUGGAUUGGGGAUUGCAACGAAUUACUUGGCAGAAGUCAUGGCAUUGAUUGUUGCUGGUGAGUGGGCUAUCACAAAACAAUCGGUAGAUGUGUGUUUUAGUUUGGAUUCAAAAGUUGUGAUGUUGGAUUUCAUGAACAACAAGAUUCCUUGGAUGGUGUUGAAUAGAUGGAUCAAGAUUAAGAUGUGCAUUCCUGCAAUAUCAUUCAGGCACUCUUAUAGAGAGGUAAAUUUCUCAUCUGAUACAAUGGCCAAGAAAGGUGUAUUGCUCAGUAGGGGAGAGGUGCAGUAUAAUGAAGAAAAGCCUCAAUUGCUAAGGAACCUGGAGAAUGCAGAUGAUUUGUAUUUCAGAUUUUAA